UCGGCCCGACAGUCGACAGCCGGCGUCGAAGAAACCAUGAUCCUACCUUUAUUUUUCUUGAUCUUCACAGUCGCUCAAACUGGCGGGAUUUUAGGAAGGGAUGACUCGAAAUUCGAGUUGCAAAAGGGACCCUGCGUCGUCCAGUACAACGAGCCGUGCUACUCGAACAAAAAGAUUAAAUUCUUUCUCUAUACGAAGUCGGGCCAACUGAAACCGCAGCGGAUUAACCUAAGGAACAGCGCUCAAAUUGAAGGGUACGACUCAGCAGUACCUUUUAAAGUUUUAAUUCACGGAUUUUCGAGCACGUCUUUUCUCGAGGGUGUCCUGUCAGAAUAUCUGUUAACUAAUGUCUCGAACGUACUUCUGGUGGAUUGGCAGUUGCUGGCCAACAGGCCCUGUUAUUUAACAGCAGUGGUGAACACCUGGCAGGUGGGCAAAUGCACAGCGAUCGCUAUUCACCACCUCGCUCCGACCGGCCACAUCCACAUCGUCGGAUUCAGCCUUGGGGCCCACGUUGCCGGUUACACCAGCAAUUUCUUGAACGAGCAUUUCGGCCGGAAAGUCAACCGAAUAACCGGCUUGGAUCCGGCUCUUCCAUUUUUCGCCACUCCGAUCAACGAGCUGAAGCUAGACCCGUACGACGCGGACUUCGUAGACGUCAUCCACACGAGCAUGGGCGUCUACGGAAAACUGGAACCUUGUGGGACUCAAGAUUUUUACGUUACGCGUUCUCCUAUCCAGCCAGGAUGUGCCAACCAUACGAACCCUUCGCUAUGCAGUCACUGGAGGGCUGCACAGCUAUUCGCCGAGUCUAUUAGGACCAAAAUCGGUUUCCUGGCCAAGCCUUGCUCCAAUUUCUGGACUUACCUAAGCGGCUAUUGCACUUUCGACUCCUCUCCUAACAGGACCCCAAUGGGAGAACAUGUGGAUCUUUCAGCUUCUGGGGUAUUUAUCAUCAAUACGAACGACGUUAGUCCGUAUGCUCUUGGCUGAUGAUGGACGAUGAAAUCCAACCAACAGCUCAUCCCGCCGCCUGUGAUAAACAACUUAGGGUCAUCUCAAAGUUGGAAUACUAAACUUUGAAUUAAAUGCUUUGUUGUAAU